AUGGCAAGCAAGCUGUCUUGGGCCUGGAGCGAGGGAUCGUGGUAUGUCGUCGACUAUGCCAAGACGGGACGUUCUACCUGCAAGGAGUUCCGCUGCAAACGUAAACUCGAGAUCGGCGAGCUUCGGAUAGGCAUAGAAGCCCCUGAGCACGACCACCGAGGUAGCCAGCUUGGUUGGUAUCAUCCAUCUUGUUUGUGGAAAACCUUUGCAUACAAAUCCAAUGCCAACAGGGAAAUCAGGUCUCUAGACGACAUGUCUGGGUUUGCCACCCUCAAAGAGGGCGACAAACAACUACUGAAGGGGCUGCUCGAGGGGAGGAAUGCAGGAGAUCCCGCGGCCGAGCCGGCCACUAGUCCUGCUGCGUCGAGUGCCGCACGCCGCAAGGUGUCAGUAAAGAUUGAGGGAAACACCAUGACUCUAAGCGGCCCAACGUUUCACCUUAAGGAGGAUUUGAAGAAGUUUGGUGCAAAGUUCAAUGGUGAGACCAAAGCCUGGGUUAUCACGAAGAAAGACAAUGAUUCCUUUGAACAUGUACAGAAGUUCCUGACGGGAGAGGAUUCAGAACAAUUUGGUGGAGGGUCAAGCCCCGCAAAGCGUCAGCGUAUUUGA